UUCGAAUGGCUUCCCACUGGAGGAUGGCACUAAAUCUUGGCCACGGACGAACCCUACUGAAUGGGGAUCACAGUUGGCACUGCUGCUGCUUCCCGGGGCUCUUGCAGUGAUGGUGUGGGCCCAAGAUGGCGGCGACGACUUCGACGGGAGCGAUGACUUCGGCGGGAGUUUCGGAGACGGCGGCUUUGUGGGGGACGCGUACGACGGAACGGUCAUGCAGUCCGUGUACGCACCCCCCGAGACAAUCGUGGGACCAACGGUGGUGCUUCGUCGCAAGAGGCGCUCAGUCGAGGGCCCCGUGACGGAUUCAUACGUUCACCGCCGAGUCAGGAGAGGCGGCUACGGCGUUGUUGGCCCGGUGCACACGUACGUGAGGACCGACUACGACGGUAACUUCAAGUGGGGCGCCAGGCACCACGUCGGGAAGUCGUACGGUGGCCACGCCCACCACUACUGAGACCCGCACAACAGGCGGAGCACUUCACCAAACAACGACGUCAUAUCUCUGCAGGGUUAUUGGACAGAGCUAAUUCUCUUGCAUCACUCAUUGUGAAGACCAUUGGCGUAGCCAUAGGUGGAGUUUCAAAACCCACUUCCCCUAAACAUGGUCCAGACAUUUAAUGCGUAAAUGGAUGCCCAUAUAAACGUUCGCAACUUGGUGCAAUAUGCUGUUUCGCGGUCUGCUUUUUAAAACACUCCAUAUCAUUGCAUUCCGAAAGACGCGAUGUGACCGCGCACAUCUUCUUUGCAGUUUCUUUAUUAUUUUUUGAAGAUAAUCGGUCGUUUAAAAAUGUACAGCGCGUCGAGGACACUCGUGACAAAGAUAGGUCCAUGAUAAAGUAUGUAGUGAAAACAGGCUUCCAAUAUAGCUAUCCCAAUUUGUACCACCUAAUAAAAUAUAUCGCACACACUUUAGAGAAAGCUCAGACACACCGACACCCAACCACAUAACAAAAGAGUGCAUCAAGAGGCCCAAACACAUCGACAGCUCACACGUUACUAACCAUCCGCACAUGUUACACAGGCAGUGGAAGGCAUGGCUUGCAGACGAGGCCAAUCAGAGCCAAACAGCUUUGCUUGCCCAGACCCACCGGGCCCCUCAUGUCAGCGGAGCCCUGGACUGAGGGCCCAACCACAACUGCCUGUAUUUUCCUGAAUAAAGUUUUUUCCUUGUCCUCUUCCA